AUGCUAACACCCUGGGUAAUUGAAAAACUACAACACCUGGCACUCGACUACGUCAAGAUCAAUUGUCCAAAUGGAGACUGCUAUGGCUGGCUUGCCGUCCACCGAAUCAAUUUCGCUCUCGGUCUCUUCCACAUUGUCCUCGCUGGCAUGCUUUUCGGAGUAACAUCUUCUAAACAUCCUCGUGCGGCCGUUCAGAAUGGUUAUUGGGGCCCCAAAGUCAUCGUGUGGCUAGCCCUCAUUAUUGUUUCCUUCCUGAUACCAAAUGAGUUCUUCAUAUUCUGGGGAAACUAUGUUUCUCUGGUGUGCGCCAUGUUGUUUUUGGUCCUCGGUCUAGUCCUUCUUGUUGACUUGGCACAUACAUGGGCUGAAUAUUGUCUGGGGCAGAUCGAGGAUACGGAUUCUAGAUUCUGGAGGUUCGUGCUUAUUGGAUCCACUCUUGGGAUGUACCUUGGGUCCAUCGCGAUGACUGUGGUUCAGUACAUUUUCUUUGCUCAGGGAGACUGCCACAUGAACCAAGCCGUCAUCACGAUGAACCUUCUUUUCUGGCUGGCCGUCUCUUUCAUUUCCGUCAAUGGAAAGGUGCAGGAAUUCAAUCCGAAAGCUGGCCUCGCGCAGGCUGCCAUGGUCUCAGUGUACUGCACCUACCUGACGAUGUCUGCCGUAUCAAUGGAACCUGACGACAAGCACUGCAACCCACUGAUCCGAGCACAGGGUACCAGGACAACUUCUGUCGUGAUCGGCGCCAUCGUGACAAUGCUAACAGUAGCAUAUACAACCACUCGUGCAGCUACACAGAGUCUGGGUCUCGGGGGCGGUGUGGGUGGAGUACGUUUACCUGACGAUGAUGAACACGGCCUGGUCACUCAACAGCCAAGUGCCAGACGAGAGAUGAGGGCAGAGGCGCUGCGCCGGGCCGUUGAAGAGGGUAGUUUACCGGCUGAUGCCCUCCUUUCAGAUGAUGACAGUGUUUCGGAGGAGACCAUACCGCAUGAUGACGAGCGUUCUCGAACCCAGUACAGCUAUACUGUCUUCCAUAUCAUCUUCUUCCUCGCUACGGCCUGGGUAGCAACCUUGUUAACUAUGCAGUAUGAGGAGAGCACCAGGGGUCGUCGCGAUUUCGCCACUGUGGGCCGCACCUAUGCGGCGAGUUGGAUCAAGAUAGUCAGCGCCUGGGUGUGUUAUGGGCUGUACAUCUGGAGCUUAGUUGCACCCAUCGUUCUUCCUGACCGAUUUGACUUGCCAUAG